GCAGGAGCAGCGCACCGACUCUUCACAGAUCAUUAAAGACUUGACAGCGGUUACAACACACACAAGAACAGAAGAAUGAAGUUUAACACAGCCUUCUGUGUAGCUGGGGUCAUACUUCUCAACCUAACAGGCUGCCUGGGACAAUUAGAUGAAUGUGGUAGGGCCCCCCUCAACACCAAGAUUAUUGGAGGGCAGAACGCGACGGCAGGGUCUUGGCCGUGGCAGGCCAGCAUUCACAGCAUGUCCAGGGGAAGAUUCUGCAGCAGCGGGUCGCUUAUCAAUAAAGACUGGGUUUUGACUGGAGUUUCCUGUGCUCGAAACAUCAAUAUGUCUGACAUUGUGAUCUACUUGGGGCGCCUGAGCCAAAAUGGCUCGAACCCACAUGAAAUAUCCAGGACAGUGACUGAAGUCAUCAAAUAUCCUGACACUACCAGCAUGGAGGGUCAACUAUCACUGUUCCGGCUCUCUUCUUCUGUGAAUUUCACUGAUUAUAUUAAGCCAGUCUGUCUGGCUGCUGCUGAUAGUGUAUACGCUGCUGGUACAAAGAGCUGGAUCACUGGAUGGGGCGUGACCAGCUAUCCAGGAAACACGUAUCCUAACAUACUGCAGGAGCUGGAGACCACUGUAGUGGGCAACACUGAAUGUCAAACGGUCUAUGAAGGAAUAGCAACAAUCACAGACAAGAUGCUAUGUGCUGGAGGCGAGGCAGGGAAAGCCCCGUGUUUUGGAGAUGAUGGGAGUGCACUGGUCAUUAAGCAGGGCUCCGUGUGGAUUCAGAUUGGAUCUCCUCUCUUGACUGUUGCUUGUGGUCAAACUGGCUAUCCUACAGUAUACACCAGACUGUCUAAAUUUCGGGACUGGAUCAACAAUUACACAAGUACAGCCAGACAGCCUGAAUUGGUGCCAACAAUCCCCUACAGUCCUCAGCCUGAAUUGGUCUCAAUCCCCUACAGUCCUCAGCCUGAAUUGGUCCUAAUGCCCUACAGUCCUGAGCCUGAAAUGGUCCCAGACCCCUUCAUUCCUUCUAUCUUUGAUAAAGGCUCAGUCAACCUCCUCUCAUUUUCCCUUGCUCUCACCGUCUCCAUUGUACCUCUCAUCUUCUUUUGCUUUUUUUAAAGAUUGUGAGAGCCACGAUCAUUUUAUAUAAACUUUUCAACGCUCUUUCUUUAAUAGGUGUAACAGUUAAUAGGUGUUUCUUCUUAUAAUCUUUUCUUUGAUAUAAACAUUUAUGUUAAUUCUGGGGGCUUAGCACGUUGAACACAAAUAAAUCAGUACCUGUAGUAACUGAUCACACAUUUUCCUUGACUUAAUGAUUCAUUAAAUGAUUUUAUUAAAAUACAAAAUGUUUUGAUCCCCGUACUAUGCAAGGAAAAAAUAUUUUAAAGUGGCAUUUGUACAGCUAAAAUUCUUUACAAAAGCGUAACAAAUGUAUUGCAUGUAUAGUGUCCACAAUGCAUCAUUUUGUUUGGCCCAGCCAAAAAAAAAAUCCAUACUUCCAUCCAUAAUAUAACUUUAAUAAAAGAAAGAAAAUGUA